AUGACAAAUGAAGAACAAGAAGUUGCUGCUCCUUUGUUACCCAAAUCUCAGGGACAAGAACCUGCUUACGAUGAAUUCAAUGGAGCUUCGUUUAGUGGAGCGGUUUUCAAUCUCUCCACCACCAUAAUCGGUGCUGGAAUCAUGGCUUUGCCUGCUACCAUGAAGAUCUUAGGGCUUGUGCUUGGGGUUGUGAUGAUUGUUGUCAUGGCUUUCUUGACUGAUGCCUCUAUUGAGUUCUUGCUUAGGUUUAGUAAGAUUAAGAGAAGUAGGUCUUAUGGUGGCUUGAUGGGUGAUUCUUUUGGGAAGCCUGGGAAGGUUUUGCUUCAGGUUGCUGUUUUGGUGAAUAACAUUGGUGUUUUGAUUGUCUACAUGAUCAUCAUUGGUGAUGUGUUGGCUGGAAAGACAGAAGAUGGGACUCACCAUCAUGGUGUUCUUGAAGGAUGGUUCGGUCACCAUUGGUGGAACGGAAAAACUUUUGUUCUUCUCAUUACUACUCUUGGUGUGUUUGCUCCUUUGGCUUGCUUCAAGCGAAUUGAUUCUUUGAGAUUUACAUCUGCUUUAUCAGUGGCUCUUGCGGUCAUGUUUCUCGUCAUCACAGCGGGGAUUUCUAUCAUGAAACUGAUCAGUGGUGGUGUUGAGAUGCCAAGAUUGCUACCAGAUGUUAGUGACUUAACAUCCUUCUGGAAUCUCUUCACAGUUGUACCUGUUCUUGUCACUGCAUACAUUUGCCAUUACAAUGUUCACAGCAUACAGAACGAGCUAGACGACCCGUCUCAGAUAAAACCUGUAGUCAGAUCAGCUCUUAUCCUAUGCUCAUCAGUUUACAUAAUGACAAGCAUUUUUGGGUUCCUCUUGUUUGGUGACGAUACUCUUGAUGAUGUCCUUGCAAACUUUGACACUGAUCUUGGAAUCCCUUUUGGUUCUGUCCUUAAUGAUGCAGUUCGAGUCAGCUAUGCUCUACAUCUUAUGCUUGUGUUCCCUAUUGUUUUCUACCCGUUGAGGAUCAACAUUGACGGACUCUUGUUCCCUUCCUCUCCAUCUUUAACUACUUCAAAUGUAAGGUUUGGUUGUCUCUCUGCUGGUCUCAUCACUGUGAUCUUUUUAGGUGCAAACUUCAUCCCUAGCAUUUGGGAUGCUUUCCAAUUCACUGGAGCUACUGCUGCUGUUUGUCUCGGUUUCAUAUUCCCAGCUUCCGUUAUACUAAAGGAUCGUCAUAGCAGAGCAACAGGCAGGGACACAACCUUAGCCAUUUUCAUGAUUGUUCUUGCGGUAUUGUCCAAUGCCAUCGCCAUUUACAGCGAUGCUUAUGCGUUAUUCAAAAAAAACACACCUCGUGGAUGA